GUCUCCUCCGCCCGCCUACGGGCAAGGUGUAGCGCCCCCGCGCGGCACGGGCGUCCGGGCGUCUCCAGCAUGACCCGCCAGAGCCUGUGGGACGUGUCCGAGGCCAACGUCGAAGACGGAGAGAUCCGCAUCAAUGUAGGAGGCUUCAAGAGGCGGCUGCGCUCGCACACCCUGCUGCGCUUCCCUGAGACGCGCCUGGGCCGCCUGCUACUCUGCCACUCGCGCGAGGCCAUCCUGGAGCUCUGCGAUGACUACGACGAUGUCCAGCGUGAGUUCUACUUUGACCGCAACCCCGAGCUCUUCCCCUACGUGCUGCAUUUCUACCACACCGGCAAGCUUCACGUCAUGGCGGAGCUGUGCGUCUUCUCCUUCAGCCAGGAGAUCGAGUACUGGGGCAUAAACGAGUUCUUCAUCGACUCCUGCUGUAGCUACAGCUAUCAUGGCCGCAAAGUGGAGCCCGAGCAGGAGAAGUGGGACGAGCAGAGCGACCAGGAGAGCACCACGUCCUCCUUCGAUGAGAUCCUGGCGUUCUACAACGACGCCUCCAAGUUCGAUGGGCAGCCGUUGGGCAACUUCCGCAGGCAGCUGUGGCUAGCGCUGGACAACCCUGGCUACUCGGUCUUGAGCCGGGUCUUCAGCAUCUUGUCCAUCCUGGUGGUGUUGGGGUCCAUCACCACCAUGUGCCUGAAUAGCCUGCCGGACUUCCAAAUACCUGACAGCCAGGGCAACCCGGGGGAGGACCCCAGGUUUGAAAUUGUGGAGCACUUUGGUAUCGCCUGGUUCACAUUUGAGCUGGUGGCCAGGUUUGCUGUGGCCCCUGACUUCCUCAAGUUUUUCAAGAAUGCCCUAAACCUUAUUGACCUCAUGUCCAUCGUCCCCUUUUACAUCACUCUGGUGGUGAAUCUGGUGGUGGAGAGCACACCUACCUUGGCCAACUUGGGCCGGGUGGCCCAGGUGCUGAGGCUGAUGCGGAUUUUCCGCAUCUUAAAGCUGGCUAGACACUCCACUGGCCUCCGCUCCCUGGGGGCCACCCUGAAAUACAGCUACAAAGAAGUAGGGCUGCUUUUGCUCUAUCUCUCUGUGGGGAUUUCCAUCUUCUCCGUUGUGGCCUACACCAUUGAAAAGGAGGAGAACGAGGGCCUGGCCACCAUCCCCGCUUGCUGGUGGUGGGCCACCGUCAGUAUGACCACUGUGGGAUAUGGGGAUGUGGUCCCAGGAACUACGGCAGGGAAGCUGACCGCCUCUGCCUGCAUCCUGGCCGGUAUCCUGGUGGUGGUACUGCCCAUCACCUUGAUCUUCAAUAAGUUCUCCCACUUUUACCGGCGCCAAAAGCAACUGGAGAGUGCCAUGCGCAGCUGUGACUUUGGAGAUGGAAUGAAAGAAGUCCCUUCCGUCAAUUUAAGGGACUACUAUGCCCAUAAAGUUAAAUCCCUCAUGGCAAGCCUGACAAACAUGAGCAGGAGCUCACCAAGUGAAUUAAGUUUAAAUGAUUCCCUACAUUAGCUGAGAGGCCUCGUCGUCCUCACACCCAUGUUGCUGAGUGGCCUCUUGGGCCUCUGGCACAGUUCAGGCGCCUUAGGGUUAUGGCCUAAGGAGUAGGUCCAGCCCCACAGGGGAGAGAUGCAUGGGAUAUGCACCCCAGGUUGCUUUCACAGCCUUUAGAAUCAUUUUUAGAGGGUGUUGCGUCAGACACCAUGCCUUUGCACCCUUCCAUGAAAUGCCACUCACUGGUCUUUGCUUCGUGGGCAUACAAUGUUCACCUUUCUGCCAGAUGAGUACCACCCAGAAUGCUAAUUUUUUCUGUUUAUCGUGUGCUCUAUUCUAGUGCACGUGGCCCAGUACUGUGAGUUGUCUGUGCUCUCGUCUCUGAGGUUGUCGUGUGAGUCUUGUACCAAAAGCCUCCACAAGUCUGUCCGGUGGGAACACAUCUGUGGGGGCGGCAAGGCUGUGAUGAGAUUUUGCUCAGUCAUGUGAAAACAAAAUCUCAGUUCUUUAUCCAUUGCUUUCAUUUAGUGUUGUGACCAAAACAAAGAAUCUGAAGUUAGCACACAGAGCCAAUGCAAGUCCACGAGUAGAAUAAUCUGUAGCAAUGUGACUUGCGUGGGUACCCCGGUCACCUUUAGAAUGAUGUACACUAAUGUUAAUCUCGUAAAUGUGGCCUUUAGAGAAUGUUACUCAGUUAAAUGUGUAGUGGUGAUUGAUUUUUUUUCCCCCCCAAGAAGCAUUAGGGACAGGGCUUCAGCUACACUGUAGGCCGAAUCAUGGGAUACCUGAAGACCUUUCAAAGCCAGGCCUUCAUCUUUCCUAGGGUGGCCAUAAAGACAUUUAUUUCUGGCUGAGGUUCCCGGGCUAGGCCGUUUGACAAAAUUUUGCUGUGUCUUAGAUAUAAGCAUGUUUUGGCAAUAUUUAUUUUUUAAGAUGUUUAGAGGUAAGGUCGUGUUGUCUUUCUUACUGUUGUUAUUAUCUCCCUGAGGCAAACAUUAUUGGGUUGCUAACAAGGGCAGUAGCUUAGAAACUUUGUUGCCUGCUCUGGAAGCUCAUAAAAUGAGAGCCCCUUUCUUUCCGAGCAGAAUUUACCUGGAUCAUUUUGCUUCUAGGAUACAGUAUGUUAUAUAUGAUGCUCUAAUUGCCCUGGAGUUCCUGGUAUGACAUGGAAACCCUGCAGCGUGGAAGUGUGUACUCAAAAUAUAGACAUGCAUGAGUGAAGUUCUGUGUGGCUUACCCAGGAUGGAAAUACUGUAGUGCUUACUUCCAUUUUCAAUGACCUUUUGUUGGGAGAGGGUGGGUAGAGGCCAGGAGCAAGGAAAGAGUUGUAAAACAAAACAUUGUUACUUCAUAAAAUGUCAUCAAUUGCAAACUUCUUGAAAAGCUUACUGCUCCUUAAAAGACCUUUAAAUUUUUAAAUUUUUAAACUUGGGUUGAAAGUUGAGAACGCUUUCCUUCUCCACAAUGCCCUCUCUCCUCUUCUUCAGUCAAACUAGCACACAACAUGGUGAAGGGAACCUGGGCCCCUUUGUAACAUAGUUCUCCAGGUAAUCAGGUGGUCUGUCAGUUGGCUUCCAUUAUUGUUUGGUCUUUGGAAAGGCUGCUGAAUCCAGGGGUCUAAGUGAGGAGUUAGGCAGGCUUUUUAUCCAAGAUUUGGGCCUUCUCUACAGAGGUCCAUUUUGUGUCUGAGCUGGCUGAAGAAAAUACAUACCUCAGGGUCUUGUCAGAAGGCUUUGUUACUUAUAGUUGCCAUGGCUUCUACAGAGUGGGCAAAUGGUUGGAUGAACGCAGUAGUCCCUUACACCCUUGAGUCUCCAGUUCAAAUUCUUCCAUGAGACUGGAACCUCAUGGGGGGCAUGGAGGUGGCCACCUCCCAGUGCCUGGUGGUCUACCGUCCAUGUCUCUUUGUAGAAGCGUCAGGAAAGGUGAGAUGACUUGGGGGCAACUGGCCACCAGUCAAAAGAGCAGGGUUGUUUUUUAGAAUUUGCACAUGGUGCACAUGGAGCACUAGGUUGGGCUCAUGCUUCUAGCACUGGAUGGCAGAGAAUUUAUGAGAUCAUCCCUGGCUGCACUGCGGGCAGGUGAGGGUACAAACUUUCGGGGACUGUUCAGUUUGGCAAGGAUCGGGGUGCUCGGGUCACCGAGCACGGUAUCCAUGGUCACUGGCCAUAAAGCUUGUGAUAAGUUGAAACAAAGGCAGGAGGCAGAAUAACUUGGUCACUCUCAUGAGUAUUUUUCUCAACAGGCAGGUUUUAUCACCAAAAAAGAGAUAACCCCCAGUGGUUACUCUUCACCAAUGCGAAAGCUAGAAAACUUGACUUUCCAUUUUAGUAAUGACUUGCAUUUAUUUGGUGCCUUUCAUUGGGGGAAUCCCAAAGUGCUUUAGAGACUGUCUUUUUAACAUCUCUUGUACAUAUUUAUACACUUGUAUAAAAUAUCACUGUGCCCAUCCUGGAAUUUUAGUCACUUCUGAGAGUGAGAAUGUCCUAAUAGCAUUGACUUCUCCAAGUGGUGGUUUCAGAUCAGAGGGAGAGAGAACAACCCAGCUGGCUUGAACCCUGGAGCUAAUUCCCACAAAGGAUGGUGCCUGGAUGUGGCCUAGGGAGAAAUAACCUUCCUUUCCUCCAAGUACCACCAAGGUAUGGAGUAUAAGUGCUCUCCGUUGGACUCCGUCUAGGUAACAUCUUAUGUGGCAGUUUCUUCUGGUCUCUGAAACUAGUCAGGGAGGAUCAGGCUAAUUUUAUGCUCUGUUUCUGGAGUUAAGGAUACAACUAUGAGGUGGCAUCUUUGGCCACCAGGCUGUCAGACUGACCCAUAAACCUCCUUUAGGGGGACACAAUAGAAGCUUCAGAUCACUUGUUUCCAGCUGUGGCUUAAGAGCAACUUACUCCCAGCAUUUGAAAGUUGUUAUUUUCAAUGCCACUGGGACACAUGUAUGGACCAGGCCCUUCUGACAACACAUGUGAUGAGCAUUUCAAAAGUGCCGGUUGGAAGUGACACUGGGUCUUUAUUGCAUGGAUAUUGGUUAUAGAUUUGUGUUUUAAGCCGAACGCCCUCAUUUCCUGGGUUUGCUCCUGAGGAGGGGCAUGUUGUAAUGCCGAGCUGAUUUGUAGCUCCUAAGGUAGUAAUUGGUAUUUAACAUUUGGAUCUGUUAUUUCUACUUCUCUUAGUACUCAAAUAAUUGAACUACCUGCUAAUUCUUGCCUCAUUUCAAAGAAAAUGAUUUGUUCUGUACUUUGGGAUAGCAGUGAUCUGUACAGGCUGUGUGUUAUCUACUUGAAGGCUUAACUGGUAUUUCUUGUAUGUUUUAGCAGCAUGACUUGUUACAGAGUUGUAAUUUUCAAAAUUGAGAACACUGUAUUUGAGAUGUCAGUUUUAACGCUCAUUAACACACUACUGUGCACGCAUGGACAUGGGCCCUGCUGAACCAUUAUGUCUGGUGGCUGCACGUUAGUCUCCAUGGCUCGACUCGGGAAUGAGGGGGAACGCUGACGCACUCAGGACUCCAGCCUCGAAGAUUAAAUAGAAAAAGAUUAUUGACGCUUCCUUAAGGCACUUCAAUUACGUAUGGAGUGGCAAAUACAACAAGGGUGUGUGGCACCAGGGACCUGAGAUCUUGGGAAAGGCUGGGCUUUUUGAGUGUUUGUUGGGAAGGAAGAGCUGUUGUUUAUUCUUUGCAGGCAUACAGAGGUGGCCCCCUUUCCACCAGGAUCUAGAGCCCCCAGCCUGCUUUGUAGAAAGGAUGGUCAUGUAUUCUUGGAACCGUCAUGAAACAGACAGCCCCUUUCCCCUUCCUCUCUGUCUUGCUCAGCACCACUGAUGGGCCCGCCAUUGCCAACCCCACCCCACACUCCCAGGUGCCAUUGUCCCCGCUGUUUGCGGGACCUCCCUGACCGUAACUUGGGUCCGGGGUCUGCUGAGUGCAGUGGCUGUUUUGGUGUGAAUAUUGCUGGGGGAUACAUGGAACCGGCCCUCAGCACCUCCUUAACCUGGUAGGGCCUUAGACCAUGAGCUAUUGCAAAGGCCACAGUAUGUCUGUAGGAAGGUCACUGAGCUCUACUUUCAGUUUUGCCUGCAAGUCUGUGAUCUCGCACACAGCACUGGCCUUUCUGAGCCUCACACCCCCCUGCUGUAAAGCAAGAGGGUUGGAUUAGAUCAUCCUUAAAGCCCUGGCCAGUUUUCCGUCUCGAUGCAAAAACAGAAUUUCUGCAGGCCCCUCUACGUUCACAGUAUAGCAGUGAGCAGGUCCUGAUAACCUUAAGCAGGGCAGAGGGACUGCUCACAAACCUAUCUGCUUUCAUUUCUCUCUUCAGUAACCAACCACAGUGGACGACGCUCUCAGGGAAAAUGACACCAGAGAAAUGUUUGGACUGCUGUCUGUGCCAGGUGACUAGAGUUUUAACAUAACCGACAAGUGUCUCCUUUGGGCUUGAAACUAUUUAUACACCUAAUCCAAAUUCCUGCUAUUAAAAAAUCACUGGACACAGAGGAAAAUCACAUUGAUCCCAUUUGGCUUCAGGACUCUUUGCCACUUAUGUGUGUUCCUUUUGUGAAGCAGGAUGGACCUCCCACUUUGUUCCCGAGAGGUCCCAGGGCCCCUGAGUGGAGCAAGGGCAGAUGGAUCACCCCCAUCCCACACAAUUCUCGCUGAGGAACAGUGGCAGAACAGUGGGCAGCAGGCGGUGUGAACCUGCCUCCGGUCUCCUGGGGGCUGAGGAAGGUGCUGAGGGACACGCAUGCAGUGCUGAGAAGGUGUUC